UCUCUUUCAUUGUUAAGUAAUCUCGCCCCCUGCCGGCAGGGCGGUGUAACAGCAGACCAGCCCACUCCGCUCCAUGCAUCGCCACAACAUUACAGACGCCAUCUUUCCUCUGACAGCAGAAGCGGCGGAGUUGUGCGGAGAAGUGGGUCAGGCUCCAGAGACACCUCUAGGCUCCAGGAACCUGUGCUCCUCGGCCGGUGGUCGCUGUGCGCAGACCCCUCCUCACACCCCAGAGUCCCAUGGUCCAAUGUGUUUGAUCGGUCCACGAGCUAAAGCGCACUUUUCCUGUGUCGGCCCCGGCUGAGCGAUCGACUUCCCCGACAAACAUCCGACGAGGACGACAGACAGGAUGAAGCGAGUUCUCCAGGGGAAUGAGCAGGAGGAAGGAGGCGGCACCAGCAGUGGGUCUCAGGAGUCUCUUAAACGACCCUGCAAACAGACGAGGGAGAAGGAUUUGGAGGAGAAGGAUUUGGAGGAGGAGGCUCCCCGAUGGGAGUGUCUGCCUCAGGAGAUCCUGCUUCACAUCUUCCAGUACCUGCCUCUACUGGACAGAGCCUACGCGUCUCAGGUGUGUCGAAGCUGGAACCAGGCUUGUCACAUGCCAGAGCUGUGGCGAUGCUUUGAAUUCGAGUUAAACCAGCCAGCCAGCUCGUACCUGAAGGCCACACACCCAGACCUCAUCAAACAGAUAAUCAAAAGGCACUCCAACCACCUGCAGUAUGUCAGCUUCAAGGUGGACAGCAGCAGAGAGUCUGCGGAGGCAGCAUGCGACAUCCUCUCUCAGCUUGUGAACUGUUCUUUGAAAACACUGGGGCUCAUCUCCACAGCCAGGCCCAGUUUCAUGGAGCUGCCCAAAUCUCACUUCAUCUCAGCGCUAACGGUGGUUUUUGUCAACUCCAAAUCUCUGUCCUCCCUGAAGAUUGACGACACACCCGUGGAUGACCCCUCCCUCAAAGUGCUGGUCGCCAACAACAGUGACACACUCAAAUUGCUGAAAAUGAGCAGUUGCCCUCAUGUUUCCCCUGCAGGCAUCCUGUGUGUGGCUGAUCAAUGUCAUGGUUUGAGAGAACUGGCUCUCAACUACCAUUUGUUGAGUGACGAACUCCUCAUCGCCCUGUCUUCGGAGAAACACGUUCACCUCGAGCACCUUCGCAUCGACGUGGUUAGUGACAAUCCAGGCCAGCAGUUCCACACCAUCAAGAAGAGCAGCUGGGACGCCAUGGUGCGUCACUCUCCUAAAUUCAAUCUGGUCAUGUACUUCUUUCUCUAUGAGGACGAGUUCGGCCCUUUCUUCCGCGAUGAAAUCCCCGUCACGCAUUUGUACUUCGGCCGCUCUGUCAGCAAAGACGUGCUGGGCCGCGUCGGGCUCAACUGCCCACGUCUGGUGGAGCUCGUGGUGUGUGCCAACGGGCUGCGACCGCUGGAUGAAGAGCUGAUCCGCAUCGCCCAACGCUGCACACAGCUGUCAGCCAUCGGCUUGGGAGAGUGUGAAGUGUCCUGCAGCGCCUUCGUGGAGUUUGUCAAGAUGUGCGGAGACAGACUGACGCAGCUAUCCAUCAUGGAGGAAGUUCUGGUCCCAGAUUGCCGCUACGGGUUGGAUGAUAUCCACUGGGAGGUGUCAAAGCAUUUGGGUCGGGUCUGGUUCCCAGACAUGAUGCCGACAUGGUAGAGCUCUGGAAGAAGUUUAGGUUUGAAUGAGUUUAUGAGUGCAUGUGUGAUGUGUUUCUGCGUGAGUGUGUCCUCAUCUUUCUACUGCUUCAGACGCCAUCUGUACCACUUCUCCUGCCCAAAUACAUGAAGAAAUUACGUCUCUCUGAGGUUUGAUCUGAUAAAACAUAUGUUCAUUGAUUUCAACAAUACUAUUUUGUUUCAUGUAUAAUAAUUUAUAUGUAUAUUUAUAUCUAAAUGUAUUUGUCUUGUCACUCAUUGAGCAUCUUGUUUUCUGAGCUAUUUUUCAAGGGCUCUGAAAACCUGUAGAUUGUAGAAUGUUUGGAGUUUAGGGAGCAUGGAGGGGUGACACUUUACCAUCGACAUUAACCGGAAUGUCAGGGAUUUACUGGGAAUGAUGGGGAAGUUAUUAAAUCUAUUUUGACAAAUGA